UACCGCAGGGACGUGUUGCUCGCUCUACAUGGUGAGACCAACAUCCGGGUGCAAUGGCACUGCAGUGGACUUGGUCCUUAAAUUGGACUUUUGGAAAUGGACUGUUGGCUCACUGGAGGAAAUUCUGGAACUUGUCCUUGCGUGUGUGGCCUCAUCAUGGAUCUGCUGAGGAACAGCCCACUCCCUGCUGAGAGGAGCGUGAGCUCCGGGUCGAACACUUUGGGAGCACCGCACGCUCGGACACGGGACGUAGGUCGAGAACCUUGGGAAGCGGAGGAAAUGGCCAACAGCUCGUGUGCAACCAAGCGAGCCAAGCUUCGUGCAUCUAAGGUCAAGUGGUCCAAGGUGGGCGAACACUCAGAACCCAUCACCGGAGCCGGGUACCUAAGGCAGGACAGUGUUCGGCAGUGGCUCAUCUCAGGCUGUGGAGAUGAUGCCCUGGUGGAGCUCUCAUUGGAAACUGCAGCCCCGCUCAGGAGACAUGCCAGCAGCGAGGAUGACCUGGCUUUGGGAGUGGAAGCGGCACUCUAUGGCAAGCAAACGAACCUCGGGAGUGUUCAGGAAUUUCUGCGGUGCUCGGGUGUGAACCAGGCCUUCCAACGGUGCAGCAGCCUCACAUCGGCGGUGUCUGCCCUCUCUUCGACACUCAGCGUGAUGGAUGUGCUAAACCUCUGGCACGAUGACCCCGAGGAACUGCUGCUGGACCUGGGCUUCGGCUGCGAUGAACCAGACAUCGCGGUCAAGAUCCCGUCCCGCUUCAUCAACCACCCCUCCCAGGCAAGGGGCAUCAACAUCCAGGUGUUCUUGGAGGCGCAGAAGAACCGCAUCGAUGUGGAGAACCCCGACCUGAGCAAUCGCUUCCGUCAGCUGGAGGUGCUGCAGCAGGUGACCACGGCCUUCUCGUCGCUGGUGGCGCCGCAGCCUGCCGGUCCGCCGUCCUCCGACCAGCCUUCUGCCGAGGCCCGCGAGAGGAGGAAGAGGCUGGGCAUGCUGCUCCGCCGUGCCUCCAGAAAGACCCUCAGCCAGAUGGCCAGCGUGCAAGAACCUCGCUCCGAGCCCCAAGCAGGACCCUGCCUCAAGCCCCGCCCCGAACUCUACCCAGAACUCAGCCGAGAACCUGGACGAGAUCUCUGCACAGAGCUGCGAAACGAUCCCCGCCCAGAGUGCCAGCUGGAGGCCCGACCAGAGAUCCAGACAGAGUCCUGCCCAGAGCUUCGCCUGGAGCCCCGCCCGGAGCCCCGCCCUCUACUCAAGCGUGCACGCCAAUUCCGCCUCCCCGAGGGCAGCAUCCUCUCCCCGCUGGUAGAGGAGCAGGGACCCCAACUGAGGACUAGCUUGGAGAUGGAGGCUCGCUGUGCCACUGCCAUCGUUAUGUCCAGGAAGAGGGACCCUGGGGAGAAACACGAACCUGAGUCCUUUGAGCUGGAAGAAAUCCAAAGCUUUGAUGAGGGCAGUGUCGCGGGGAGCGUGUCUGGACCUGCGGACGGCGGUGGCAAUGGAGAGUCAGGCGUGGUGAGAACAAACAGCUGCCAGUCUGAUAGCAGUGGCUUCCUGGAGGAACCAGUGGUACCUCCCCUGCGCCAGAUGGGCUCUGCAGCACCUGAACUCAUGAAGGCCCUGUACGCCAUGUCGGAGGACACCACGGACAGCCAAGACACUGUGAAGAACAGCUUGGAUCUCCCAUCCCCCGCUUCCCGGUUUCCGAGAGUUGUCGAGUCGGAGGUCUCAGAUACCCCCAGCAGCACUGGGACACAGCAGGAGUCGGAAACGUCUACAAACCCUGGGGUACCAUCUAGGGGCGCCGAUGCAGACCUGAGCCCCCAGGAGGACACCUGUCUACAGGGGACGCACUUGACGGCUUCCGCUGAGGAUGGGAUGGACCGUGACACCAGGAGUCACAGCUUCACUGAGGUGGAACCUGAAGCCAAGCUCGUUGAGGAGACAGCCUUCUUAGUGGAGGACAGUACCAGAAGAGGACUGCCACAGCAGGUCUGCGAGGAGGUCCCGCCCAUCGAGGCUCAGUGGGAGGGGCCUCCUGACUCCAAACUAGCAGCAGGUCCAAUUGAAGAGAUGGAACAAGGGCCACGGGAAACUACCUUUGCCCGCAGCUUGUCAGACUCGAAAGUAGUAGUUGCAGACCCCUCCCCCACAUGUAGAGGGACAGAUACAAGUACAAUGGGGAGCAGUAGGGGCAAACCAGAUUGGCUGGGCACCCGGUCCGUCUCAGUCCAGAUGCCCUCCAGCCUGACAUUUGUGUCCCACAAGAUCAGUGGAAGGUGGACUCCGCCUACCACGCAGUCCAGGAAAGGGUCUCUCUGCAGGAGGGCAUGGUCAGACCACGAGCGGCCACACUCCACAGACUUUGAGGGGAAGACCAUCCCAACUGCCACGGUCACCCUCCCGCAGCAGCGGUCCUGGCAUGAUGGCCCGGGCAGCAAAGGAAGCUUCCGUACGAGGUCAACGUCACUGGACACUGGGCUGGCACAUGAGGAUGAAGAGGAGGAGACAGGUGAUGAACACUGGGAGGAGGAUGCCGAGGAGGAUAAGGGCAGCUGCUGCUGUCGCUGCCACCACCGUUGCAGCUGCUGCCCCCCGCAGGCGCUCCACCGCCGGUGCAGCCGUUGGGGUCUUUGCUCCAGGGAUAAGCGACCCAGUGUGGAAAUACCAGAGCAGGACAAGGACAGGUUCGCCACCUUCCCGUACUCCGUGGACGAGCUGGACGGGAUGAUGCGAUGCACACGCGUGUUCCGUACCGUGCUGGUGGAUCUCGAGCAGCGCCUGGGUGAAGAGCAGGCCUCGCUCUACAGAGAGCUCACCGAGGAGGAAAGGGCGGAGGUCCGGCUCGUCCAGGAGUUGAGGUCGACAGUGAGGAAGGAGGCGACGGAGCUGGAGUUGCAGCUCGCUGAACUUGCGCACCACUACGACCAGGGAUUCAAAUCGAAGAUGCACCGACUCCUGGAUGAGCAGUCAUACCUGUGCAGCCAGCUGAGGCUCCGCCCCCUCGAACCCCAAGUCUGGAGCCCUGCCCCCAGCCUGAGCACCAUCUCCAUGCUGAGUCCCGCCCGUGCUGUGAAGACCAGGACAGUGGCGACGCAGUGUUCUCUGCUGCCUUGGCCACCACAGGGAAGCAGGGAGUUUCUGUUCCACGGACAGCGACCCAAAGCCGACCGGAUCCUCGGAGAGAAGCAGAGCAAACUGGACUUUGUGGUGUUCCUCCAAAGUCUGAGGGAACCGCUCCAGCACUCGUUCCCCAGAGACCCUCUGAAGUGAGGAAUGCUGGGUGGGAGGAAGGUCCCAAGAGGACAAGCCAGCCCAGACCCCAGGUUCAACUGCUGGUCCCCAUUGUGUGUUUGGACGCAUCAGACUGAGUCGGGCUGCAGUGUGUGCCAACAUGCGUUUCUGUUCUUUCUUUUUUCUGUUAGUUACAGGAGACUUUCACCUGCUGUUGUGGGGGGGUCACUUUUAUGAAUGUAUUUUUAUUUAUGACCUCAAACUUUUUCAGGAAAUACCUACUUGUAAUAUAAUGCACAUUAUUUUUACACACUUGUAUAUUUUCUGAAGCCACCAAGGUAAAAUGCUUUGCUAAGGUGUACAUCUAUAUUAUGAUAAUUUAACAAACUUAAAUUAUAAUUUGAUUGCCUCAUAGACACUUUAAUUGAUAGUGACUUUGGAGGCACCACUUCCAUGUAAAGUUGUGUUACUCGCAGUGAUUCAUGGUACAAUAGUUGGACUCGACUUUUUAGUAAUAAGCUUUUUUGCUCAGUUUGUCAAAUGCUGUGCAUGAAUGUAAAUGUCACUAUUAUUAUUAUUAUUAUUAUUAUUAUUAUUUUGCUCUGGGGCAUAUGGCAAUAUGACAACUGCUCACAGUCUGGCACCCUGAGAGGUCCAGCGGAGCCCUACUACCAGAAGCCCAAUAAAGUCUUGAC